AAGUAGAUAGGCAGGUCUAUUAAUUGCAACGAUUAACUUAAGUUAAAGUUUAUAAUUACUGUCUUAUUAGUAAAGUUUAAAGGACAAGUUAACAAGAACGAUUAAAGUUUAAUAAGAACCUUUACAAUUUAUAAUUUCCAUAAUGUUUAAACAUUUCGAACUAACUACUGAUAAAGCAGAAUCCGUUACGGAUAAAGUAUCAAACUACACGCACUAUAUGGAAGCGCCUCUCAAGUGUGUUGGCUGUUGGGACUGGUACAAGAAACCGCUAAAUGAAUUCCAGAUUGGCGUCAAUAACAUCUAUCUGAGCUUCACUUUGUUCAUGUUGGCUUACUCAUUGCUUUCUUUAAUCGUACACUUGUAUUGCGAGUGGAGCGAUAUUAUGGCAAGUUUGGAUAUAAUGGCCGACGGAUUGCCUCUCGUUGCGACACUGUUUAUAGUAUUUUACUUCGCCAGUUGUAAAAGCGAGCUGUAUGAAUUGGUGAAUUACAUGAAUGGUAACUUCAAGUGGCAUUCAGCUAGAGGUUUGACUAACAUGACAAUGACGCAAGCCUAUAAAACAGCGAGGAAUUUUGGCUAUUUCUAUACAUCUUGCACACUGUUUAGUGUUGGAAUGUACACGUUCAUGCCCGUUGUGGUUCAUUUGUGGACAAAGCAACCGCUCCAACAUUGGAUCUACGAGGAUGUGACUCAAGGGCUGAUCGUAGUACUGAUAUUCCUACGGCAGUUCUUUGCGCAGGGCUUUGUCGGGCUCGCUAUUGGGCAACUCGGCGUACUCGUCGCUUGCAACGCCAUACUUCUCUGCGGUCAGCUGGAUCUCCUUUGCUGUAGCCUUCGAAAUGUUCGAUACACCGCGUUGUUACAACAUGGCGUGAGCCACAGCGCACUGGCAAGCCAGUUUAGUGACAUCGAGCUGGAUGAAGAGCACCACUACUUGUAUAAUCGAGCAGAGAUGAGCGACUCCUGUUAUAAUUAUGACAAGAGAUGGACAAACAAGGGAAACAAGAUGCAUUUCGAUAUCUUCAGUUCGGUAUAUGAUAACGCUACAACCGCAGCGCUGAAAGAUUGUGCUCGAAUGUCGCAAGUUGUGAAUGAAUUUAAAGACCGUUUCGAGAAGCUUGUGUCCCCGUUGCUUGCUUUGCGCGUUAUACAGGUCACACUGUAUCUCUGCACGUUGCUGUAUGCUGCUUCUUUAAAAUUGGAUAUGUUAACUGUGGAGUACCUGGCCGCUGUUGCGUUAGAUAUGUUUGUUUAUUGCUAUUUUGGAAACCAAAUUAUCCUACAGGCCGAUAGAGUAUCAUUGGCAGGAUACCAGAGCGCAUGGUCUUCAAUGGGUGUGAAACCACGGCGGUUGUUGCUUAACAUCUUGCUGGCCAACCGCAAGCCCAUGCUGGUGAGAGCUGGCGGCUUCUUGGCGAUGAAUCUGCAGACUUUUGUCCUGAUUAUAAAAACCUCAUUCUCCUACUAUACUUUGCUGGCCAACGUCAACGAGUAGUGUAUUUAUGGCUUAUUCCAUUAUAAUUAUAAUCCCACUCCCUUGCUUCCAGUGGGA